GGGCAGUCCUCCGUCUCUCCCAAAGCCUGAGCGCCUCUGUCCUCUGGGCUUCUUCUGGCCAAUUCCAACGACUACAGCUGGAAACAGUGGGAGUCCCAAGAGUCCGGCUGUGGGGGGAGGGGAAGAAUUCAGGCCUCCUGGAUGUGUAGACCUGUCCCUGGAGCUGUAGCCCUUCACCACCGUCUCUACCUCCUUCCUUCUGAGGGAUCCUGAAGCCUCUGUCAUGGAAAAGUACCACGUGUUGGAGAUGAUUGGAGAAGGCUCUUUUGGGAGGGUGUAUAAGGGUCGAAGAAAAUACAGUGCUCAGGUGGUGCACAAAGAGGGGCGUCUCUUGGGUGGGAUUCUGUACCUCCAACUACUGUGGAAAAUGGGACCAGAUUACCGGCCAGUAUUCCUGAAGCACUCUCUCAUUCCUCUUACAGAGUGGUGGCCCUGAAGUUCAUUCCAAAAUUAGGACGCUCAGAGAAGGAGCUGAGAAAUCUGCAACGAGAGAUUGAAAUCAUGCGGUGUCUGCGGCAUCCUAACAUAGUGCAUAUGCUUGACAGCUUUGAAACUGACAAAGAGGUGGUGGUGGUGACAGACUAUGCUGAGGGAGAGCUCUUUCAGAUCUUGGAAGAUGACGGAAAACUUCCCGAAGACCAGGUUCAAGCCAUCGCUGCUCAGUUGGUGUCUGCUCUGUACUAUCUGCAUUCCCACCGCAUCCUCCACCGAGACAUGAAACCGCAGAACAUCCUUCUUGCCAAGGGUGGUGGUAUCAAGCUCUGUGACUUUGGAUUUGCCCGGGCGAUGAGCACCAACACGAUGGUGCUGACCUCCAUCAAAGGCACACCACUUUAUAUGUCUCCAGAGCUGGUGGAAGAGCGACCAUAUGACCACACCGCAGACCUCUGGUCUGUGGGCUGCAUACUGUAUGAGUUGGCUGUAGGCACCCCUCCCUUCUAUACUACAAGCAUCUUUCAGCUGGUCAGCCUCAUUCUCAAGGACCCUGUGCGCUGGCCAACCACCAUUAGUCCUUGCUUCAAGAGCUUCCUGCAGGGACUGCUCACCAAAGACCCCAGGCAGCGUCUGUCCUGGCCAGACCUCUUACAUCACCCCUUUAUAGCUGGUCGUGUCACCAUAAUAACUGAACCAGGAGUCUCAGAUUUGGGCACCCCAUUCACCAGUCAUCUACCCCCAGAACUUCAGGUCCUAAAGGACCAGCAGGUGCAUCGACUGGCCCCCAAGGGCAAUCGAUCUCGAAUCUUGCGACUUGCCUGUAAGCGCAUGGCUGAGGAGGCCAAGCGGAAGAAACACCAGAACACAGGACCUGCCCUUGAGCAAGAGGAUAGGAACAGCAAGAUGGCUUCUGGCACAGCCCCUCUGCCUAGACUAAGAGCCACUCCUCAGGAACCAGGCCUCAUAGCUGGGAUCUUGGCCUCAGAAAUGAAGAGCAGCUGGGCUGAAUGGGGGGCUGGAGAGACCCCCCCUGCACCUCGGGAAAACCAGAUCACCCAGGAUUGUGAACAAGCUGACCCAGAGCUGAGGCCAGAGGUGGUGGGCCAGCAGAGCAUUGAUGCAGUGGACCUCGAAAAUGAGGAGCCAGAUAGCGACGAUGAGUGGCAACACCUGCUAGAGACUGGUGAACCUGUGCCCAUCCAACUGAAGGCCCCUCUCACUCUGCUGUGCAAUCCUGACUUCUGCCAACGCAUCCAGGGUCAGCUGCAUGAGGCUGGAGGGCAGAUCCUGAAAGAUGUGCCGGAGGACGCUUCCCAUAUCCUUCCUGCACUUCGGGUCCUGAGCAGUCUUCUAUCCAGCUGCAGCAACUCUGUUCCCUUGUACUCCUUCUGCCGUGAGGCAGGGCUCCCCGGGCUCCUGCUCAGCCUGCUCAGACACAGCCAGGAGAGCAACAGUAUCCAGCAGCAAUGUUGGUAUGGGACCUUCUUACGGGACCUGAUGGCAGUGAUUCAGGCCUACUUUGCCUGUACCUUCAAUCUGGAGAGGAGCCAGACAGGUGACAGCCUACAGGUGUUUCAGGAGGCUGCCAACCUCUUUCUGGACCAGUUGGGGAAACUGCUGGCCCAACCAGAUGACUCUAAGCAAACUUUGUGGAGGGAUAGCCUUAUGUGCUUUACUGUUCUGUGUGAAGCCAUGGAUGGGAACAGCUGGACCGUCUCCAAAGCCUUUUACUCCAGCCUGCUGACAACGCAGCGGGCGGUGCUGGAUGGGCUUCUUCAUGGUUUGACAGUCCCCCAGCUCUCUUUCCACACACCCCCAGGAGCCCCCCAAGUGAGCCAGCCACUGCGGGAGCAGAGUGAGGAUCUGCCUGGAGCCAUGUCCUCUGCACUGGCAGCCAUAUGUACUGCUCCUGUGGGGCUGCCCAGCUGCUGGGAGGCCAAGGAGCAGAUCUCUAGGCAUUUGGCGAACCAGCUCAGUGAAGACAGCAACCAACUGAGGCCAUCCCUCAUCUCUGGCUUGCAGCAUCCCAUCCUGUGCCUACACCUUCUCAAGGUUCUCUACUCAUGCUGCCACAUCAGUGAGCGCCUGUGCCAUCUUCUAGGGCAAGAGCCCUUGGCCUUGGAGUCACUGUUGAUGUUGGUCCAGGGGAAGGUAAAGGUCAUGGAUUGGGAAGAGUCUACUGAAGUGGCUCUCUACCUUCUCUCCCUUCUUGUCCUUCAGCUGCAAGAUCUGCCUCCUGGAAUGGAGAAGCUAGGCAAUGAGAUUGCUACUCUCUUUACUCAUUCACACAUCGUCUCUCUUGUGAGUGCAGCAGCCUGUCUGUUGGGACAACUUGGGCAGCAAGGGGUGACCUUCGACCUCCAGUCUGUGGAGUGGAUUGCUGCAGCCUCACACGCUCUGUCUGCCCCUGCAGAGGUCCGGCUGAUUCCACCAGGUCGCUGUGGCUUCUAUGAUGGGCUCCUCAUCCUCCUGCUACAGCUUCUCACCCAGCCAGGAAAGGGUAGCCUGUUAAGGGACGUGGCUGACUCAGAAAUAUGGACCGUUCUGUGGCACCGGUUCUCAAUGGCUCUGAGGCUCCCUGAGGAGGUGUCUCCACAGGAAGAGGAGCCAUCACUAUCCAGGCCACAAAGCCCAGAGCCAGACUGGACACUGAUCUCACCCCAAGGCAUGGCAGCCCUGCUGAAUCUGGCCGUGGCCACCUUCACCCAGGAGCCCCAGUUAUGCCUGAGCCACCUGUUGCAGCGUGGAAGUAUCCUCAUGUCCACUCUGAAGCACCUGCUUUCCCCCAGCUUCCUGCGUCAGCUGGGCCGGGCGCCUCAGGGAGCUGAGUUUCUGCCCGUCGUGGUGCUCUCUGUCUGCCAGCUCCUCUGCUUCCCCUUCGCCCUGGAUGUGGAUGCCGACCUCUUCAGAGGUGUCUUGGCUGACUUUGUGGACUCAGAAGUCGCGGCCCACCUGCUGCAGGUCUGCUGCCACCAUCUUCCGUUGCCUCAAGUCGAGUUGCCUGUCAGCCUCCUCACACGCCUGGCCCUCACGGAUCUCACGUCUCUCAACCAGUUUGUGAACACAGUGGCUGCCUCCCCUAGAACUGUCAUCUCCUUCCUCUCAGUUGCCCUCCUGGGUGACCAGCCACUGCUAACCUCCGACCUUCUCUCCUUGCUGGCCCACACAGCCCGAGUGUUGUCUCCUAGCCACUUGUCCUUUAUCCAAGAACUCCUGGCUGGCUCCGAUGAGUCCUAUCGGCCCCUGCGCAGUCUCCUGGGCCACCCAGAGCAUUCUGUGCGGGCCCGCACUUAUGGGCUCCUGGGACACUUACUGCAACACAGCAUGGCCCUGCGUGGGGCGCUGCAGAGCCAGGCUGGGCUGCUCAACCUUCUGCUAUUGGGACUUGGAGACAAGGACCCUGCGGUGCGGCGCAGUGCCAGUUUCGCUGUGGGCAAUGCAGCCUACCAAGCUGGUCCCCUGGGACCUGCCUUGGCCGCCGCGGUACCCGGUAUGACCCAGCUGCUGGAAGAUCCUCAGGCUGGCAUCCGGCGCAAUGCCGUGUCUGCUCUGGGGAACCUGGGGCCUGAGGGGUUGGGGGCGGAGCUGUUACAGUACCAAGUACCCCAGCGGCUCCUAGAAAUGGCAUGUGGAGACCCCCAGCUGAAUGUGAAGGAAGCUGCCCUCAUUGCCCUCCGGAGCCUCCGGCAGGAGCCCUGCAUCCAUCAGGUGCUGGUGUCCCUGGGGGCCAGCGAGCGAUUGGCCAUGCUUUCUCUGGGCAAUCAGUUACUGGUGCACAGCAGCCCCCGGCCUGCCUCUGCCAGACACUGCAGGAAACUCAUUCACCUCCUGAGGCCAACCCACAGCACGUGACCUCAGAGUACUGUGGUCCAGCCUCCAGCCUGUUUGCCCCCUUAUUGCCAACUUCUCCUUUUUCUACUGUACAAGCCACCAACUCAACCAAGAGCUAAAGAGACUUAAAAAAAAAAAAAGAGAGAGAGAGAGAGAGAGAGAUAAGCUGCAAGUCAACUGAUUUGCGAACGAGAAACUAGAAGAGAUUUAUGUAUAAAGCUCCUCCCUCCCUCCCUCCAUCCCUCCUCCCCAGAUUCAGAAUGAUUUCAACCAGUAAACUUCAUUGCUGUUGGUGCCAGAGAAGAGUCCUUCCUUUUCUAUAUUGAGGGCUCUUUCUGCAAUUGUGUGCCUUUAAUCCCAGGAACACACCUCCUGGACCUCGGGGAGGCACUUUCUUUUUUUUUUUUUUUUUUUUUUUUAAAUUUUUAUUUAUUUUAUGAUAGUCACACAGAGAGAGAGAGAGAAAGAGGCAGAGACAUAGGCAGAGGGAGAAGCAGACUCCAUGCACCGGGAGCCCGACAUGGGACUCGAUCCGGGGUCUCCAGAAUCGCGCCCUGGGCCAAAGGCAGGCGCCAAACCGCUGCGCCACCCAGGGAUCCCGGGGAGGCACUUUCUAUCCAAGAGCUCUCCCUUUCUGGAGCUUCUAUAAUCCUAGCAGGUUCUUGCUGUAGUGCACUGGCCCCAGGUCGGUGAUAAACAGGACCUGUCUCACCUUAGGGUGAUAAAUGCCAGUAGUCCCUGCUGUGGAGGUUCCCUGGCCCCAUUGCCCACAUUCCCAUCCAUGGGUUAGUAUGGAAAGAGACUUGUCUUUCUUUUUCUUUUUUUCCCUCCCUUCCUUCCCUUACUCCUUUCUUCCCUCCCUCCUUCCUUUCCUCCCUCCUUCCUUUCUUUCCUCCCUCUCUCCUUCCUGCCUUCCUGCCUUUCUUCUGCUCAUCCUUCCUCUGUGAAUUCUUAUAAUAAAAGGUAUACUUCAUCUUACUUGGAGCUGCCAGGGUAAGAGGUUGGGGGGGCUCAGCUCCUCUCAGCUCUUGUGUGGUGCUGGAAGCACUUGUGUCCUGUUCAAACAAGAUCCUGGUUUGGGAGUUUAUUAAUUGUAUCUCUUCCUGCCUUCCAGCUUCCUCCACCCAUGAUGAGCUACAUGUAGUUACCUACUUCCAAGCCAAGGCCAGCGGAGCUGAAAUAGGGAGGAAUAGGAUUAAACAGAGAGGUACAUUGGAUUGCUUUGUGAUCUCAGCCUUAGUGAUGAGUUUUACUGUUUGAUGGAGUUUCAAUGUAUAAGGAAGCCCAGCUGCUUGAGAAGGGCAGCUGUUUAUGGAUGUUGUGCAUUUUACCAGAAAGAUGUUUGGAUCAGAGUCAUGAUCCAGCGGAAACAUACCAGGAAGCUUAAACCUUAACUCACUGGAUGACUUGCGAGGGCUCUGAUUUCUCCAUCCACAAAAUGGGGAGACUACUUUUUAUGCUAUCUAAAUUCCAACUGUUUUCGAAAUGAAAGAUAAAUAAGAUGCCUUUUUUUUUUUUAAGAUUCUAUAUAUUUAUUUGGGAGACAGUGUGCAAGCCAGAGGAAGAGCAGAAGGAAAGGGACAAGCAGACUGUAUACUGAGUGCAGACCCUGACAUGGGGCUCAAUCUCAUGACACUGACAUCACAACCUGAGCCGAAAUCAAGAGCUAGAUACUCAACCAACUGAGCUACCCAGAUACCCCAGGUGCCCUUAUUUUUAUAAGGAGUUUUAUUUAGCCCUCACCUUUACUGUGCACUGUCUGUGUUUAUAUUUUAGCAAAAAUAACAUUUUUCCUAGAAACCACUAUAAUUUCCUCCUAUCCAGAUUAUUUCAGUUCAGUUCACAGUUCAGUCCUUUCUCUGUGCCAGGUAUUGUUCUAGGCAUUGGAGAUAAAGCAAUGCGUGUUCAUCACAGAGUUUCCAUUCUGAUCGGGAAGACAACUUACUAAAAUGAGUGAAUUCUGUAUAGCAUGUAGAGAUGUGAUAAAGCUCUGGGAAAAAUUAAGCAGAGAAAGAGUAUGAGGAGUGUUGAGUUGGACGGUCAGGGGAGGCCUCACGGAGAUGUCCUUUGAGCCAAGACUUGAAGGAAGUGAGGAAAUGAACAAUGCAGCUAUCUGAGGGAAAAUCCAAGACAGAAUAAUCAUUGCAGAGGCCCUGAGGCGGAAGUAUCCCUGGGGGGGCUUGAGGAGCUGUGAGGAGGCCAGUUUGGAUGGAAGAUGCGAAGAAGGGGGAGAAUAGUAGGAGCUGAGGACAGGAAGACAGUGGGGACCAGGAUGUUGUAAGCCUGGAGUCCUUGAACUUUGAGUAAAGGAGACAUCUAUUGGAGAGUUUUGACAGAGAAGUGAUGUGAUCUACCUUAUGUUCUGAAAGAUUACUCUUCAUUCUGGUGUUGUGCAUGAACUGUAAAGAGUUGGGGGUUGGGGCGGGCUGUUGGGUGGCACGGUGAGUGCUUAGGAGGCUGUGGUGGCACCAAUGGAAUGGUAAAGAGUAGUCAGAUUUUGAACAUGGAGCAAAUAAGAUUUUUUGACUGAUUGGAUGUGAAGGUGUGAACAAAGAAAAGAAGACAAGGAUGACUUCAAAGUUCUUGGCCCAAGCAAUUGGGAGAAUGGAAUUGCCCUUAACUAAAAUGGGGAAGGCUAUUAGUGAAGUGGUACUGGGUGGGAAAAUUCAAGUUCAGUUUUGAACAUGUUAAGUCUAUUAGUUGGAAAUUUUUAAACACACAAAAGGAGAGACAUGAGUUCAGUGAACUCCAUUAGGGUUCCAAUAGCUACCAUAUCUAUUCUUUCUCUAUUCAAUCGUUUUAUUUAUUUUUUAGAUUUUUUCUUCAAAUAUUUUUAAACAAAUCUUGGGAAAUAUAGACUGUUACCCAUAGUACUUUGGUGUAUAUCUUUAACAGAUUAGAACUUCUGUUUUUGUUUUUAACAAAACCACAGUACUUCUUCAAGACUUGUCUGGAUUCAGGCAAAUACAGUAUUGUAUUUUAAAAUCUAGAUUUUUCUCCCCUAAAAGAUGAUCUAGGAAGAAUUACCUUAAGAAAAAAUUAUUUUUUUCCACAAAUAAUUCACUAAAUACUAGCUAGAAAUACCAUGCUUGUCUGGUACAUAAAAAAAUUGAUAUAGAGAAAUUAAAUAUGCAAACUUUUUAGGUUAUCACAUAAAGCAAUAUUUAAUUAGUUUAUGAGAAAGCAUAAUAAGAAAACAUGUUUCCAUCCUUGGGAGCAUAUAAUCUAAGGGCUUAGAAAUAUGUAAACAAUUUCACCUCAUUUUACAUCACUGCACAAAGUGCUGAGAGGAUUUGACAUGAAUGGUCUGAGUAGUGCCUGGAAUUCACAGAAUGUCUGGAAGGUUUGAGGAUUUGUGCCUGUGUUUGGUUUUGCGUGUGUAUGAGUGUAUAUGUGUUUUAACUCCUUUGGUGUGAUAAAGACCGUUUUCAAACAUUAAAAGUAGAGAGAAUGGCAUAAUAAACUCCCAAGCCCUGAUCCCACAGUUCGGCUGUUAUAAACAUUUUGUGACACUGGUCUUAACUAUUCAUUUUUAAAUUUUGUCAUUGCUAUGUUGUAAAAGGCAUUCUGUUUUGAAAUAGUUUAAAAUUUAAAGAAAAGGUAAAAGAAUAAUUACAAAGAACUUGCAUAUACCCUUCACCCAGAUUCACUGAUCGUUAGCAUUUUGCCAUAACUGGUUUUACCAUAUUUUCCUGAACCAUUUGUUAGUAAGUUGUAAAUAUCAUGUCCUUUUACUUCUUCAGAUUUAUGUAGGAAUUCCUUGAGAUAAGGAUAUUCACUUAUAUAAUCACCACAUGAUUAACAAAAUUAACAUUGAUAUAAUACUGUUAACUAACCUGCAGCCCAUAUUCAAAU